CUCGACAGCGUGGAUUUUGCGCCGGCAGCGUACGUCGACCGGCUGUUCGGCUCGGAGGCGUCGCUGGAAGGCGUAGACAUCGCAGUCGCCAAUGUGCGACACCGGCAUGCAACCACCACGCAAGACAUCCGGCACCUCCUUCGGCAGCAGUCGGCACAGGGCCGGCCGCCCGACGUAGCAGCGACCACAGCGGGCAUCGCAUUGCUGUACGAGCGGAUCUCAGCCAUGAAGGCCAAGGCGCGCGAGUCCGAGCGCACGGUCCAGGACAUCACGCAGGAUAUCCGCGCGCUGGACUUUGCAAAGCGCAACCUGACGGCGGCCAUGACCACAAUGAAGCGGCUGCAGAUGCUGGUGGCCUCGGUGGAGCAUCUGCGGGUGCUGGCCAAGCAGCAGAGGUACAAGGAGGCGGCGCAGGCGGUCCUGGCGGUCAACGGGCUGCGCGAGGCGCUGGCUGGGUAUGAGCGUGUGGCGAGAGUUGCGCAGCUGGGCGAUGCGGCGAUGGCUCUGCAGAUGCAGCUGGAGGCAGAGGUGUGCGGGGUGGUGGAGAAGGGGUUUGACAUGCAGGGCGUGCUGGUGGGCGAUGCGCAGGAGAUGCACGAUGCGUGCGUGUGCGCGGAUGCGCUGGGCGCGGGCGGGCGGAUCAGUGAGUUCUACAGCGCAGUGCAGAUGCGGGCGUAUGCGGCGCUGUUCAUGGUUCAGGAUGACGUGGCGCAGCUGGAGCAUGUGGCCAGGCGGUAUGCGUGGCUGCGGCGGAUUCUGCGCAACUACGGCGACGCACACGCCGGGGUGUUUCCGGCGGCGUGGCGGGUGGACGAGCACGUGACGCGAGCCUUUGCCACAGCCACGCGCGACCAGCUGGCGGAGAUCAUGGCCACGCAUGCACCGCUGGAGGUAGGGCAUCUGCUGCAAGCGCUGGGCGACACGCUGGCGUUUGAGGCGCAGUGCGAUAAGCGGUUCAACGAGCCCUCGGAGACGUUUGUGGGGGCAAUCUCGUGUGCCUUCGAGCCGUACAUGUCGGUGUACAUUGAGAGCGAGUCGGCCAAAUACGCGGCACUGGUGCGACGCGUGCAGGGCGAGCCGCUGGCGGCCGACGACGACGCAGCGCUGAGUGUGUUGGCGUCGAGCACAGACAUUCUGUACCAGUACCGCGAGUCGCUGCGGCAGUGCGCGGCGCUGACGACCGGAGCGGCGAUGCUGGAUCUGGCGCGCGUGUUCGACAAGUACCUGGGGGAGUAUGCGCGCGACGUUCUGGAGCAGCGGCUGCCGCGGAUUUCGGCGGACUCGGCACUGGCAGACCUGGGCCACGCCUGUCUGAUCAUCAACACGGCUGAUUACUGCGCGUCGGCGGCUGCGCAGCUGGAGCAGAAGCUGGUAGAGCGGAUUUCCGAGCCCCUGCGACCGCAGGUGUCGUUCAGCAAGAGCCGCGAGGCAUUGCUAGGUGCUGCCAAUGCAGGGGUGCGGGCGCUGGUGGAUGGCGCCGAGGCCAUGUGCGAGCCAGGGCUGGCGCAGCUGUCGCAGGUGUCGUGGGGCAGCGUGCGGGCAGUGGGCGACCAGUCGUCGCACGUGCUUCUGGUGGCAUCAGCCCUGGAGGCAGCCGCGCAGGCAUCGCAGCGGGCGCUCAGCAGCAUGCGGUACUUUCGGACGUUCUGCGACAAGCUGGCCGCGCGCAUUACGCAGCGGUACCUGGCGGCAAUCCAUAGCGCCCGGGUGGUGUCGGAGGAGGGCGCCGAGCAGCUCCUGCUGGAUGCCCAGGCGCUGAAGGCUGCGCUGGCCGCUAUGCCUGGGAAAAGCCCGCCGCCGGCGUAUGCCAAGAUCGUGGCCACAGGCAUGGGCCGUAUUGAGGCGCUGCUGAAGGCCAUUCUGGCGCCGCCCGAUCCGCCCGAUGCGCUGGUCGAUAGGUUCCUGCUGCUGUAUGCCAGUGCGCCCAGAGAUGUGUUCCAGCAGAUCCUGGGGUUGAAAGGCAUCCGCCCGGCUGACCAGCCGAUG